AUGUAAUUGGUCUCGGUUUCACGGGUUGUGAUUGGUCAACGCUGCUCGGUCGGAAAUGGCGGGUGACGUGGGCAGGAGGCUUCUCAGCGUUACGGAGCGGAUCAGCAGCGCUGCGGAGCGAAGGUCGCGGGUGUUACCUGCUGUUGUACCACGUCUUGUGGCUGUUGGUAAGACCAAACCGCCGUCCCUUCUGAUCGAAGCUUACCGCCAUGGCCAGAGGCACUUUGGGGAAAACUAUGUGCAGGAGUUGGUGGAGAAGGCUUCUGACAGCCAGAUCCUUUCCCUCUGUCCUGAAGUAAAGUGGCACUUCAUUGGGCACCUCCAGAAGAACAAUGUCAACAAGCUGAUGGGUGCUCCCAACCUGUUCAUGAUUGAAACCAUCGACUCCAUCAAACUGGCUGAUAAAGUGAACCUCUCCUGGCAGAAGAAGCAAGCUUCACAUCGACUGAAGGUCAUGGUACAGGUUAACACCAGCGAGGAGGACAGCAAACAUGGUCUGUCGGCAGAGCACACCGUAGAAACAGUCAGGCAUAUUUUUGACAACUGCCCGAAUCUAGAGUUUGUUGGGUUGAUGACGAUUGGAAAAUAUGGUUAUGAUCUGAGUGCAGGUCCCAAUCCAGACUUUCAGGUAAUGUUAGCGUGCCGUCAGGAACUGUGCGGUAAGCUGAACCUGCCUCUGGAAGCAGUGGAACUCAGUAUGGGGAUGUCUACAGACUAUGAGCACGCCAUUGAAGUGGGGGCCACCAGCGUGCGGGUUGGAAGCGUCAUAUUUGGUGAACGGACGUACCUCAAUAAACCGGGCUCCAACAACGAGGCAGACAAGCCUGGGACAACAACAGGAGGAAUGGUUGCCAAAAUGUCUUGAGCUAUUGGACAGAGGGAAAGGUGGGGGUGGGAUUGGGAAAGUCUUGCUUCGAAUCCACUGCCCGAAUUGAGUCUUUCACCGCAAACCUCCCAGUAUUUGAAUAAUUUGUUCUGAAGACAUUGGUCUGAGAGAUUUUUCCUGCUGUCAAUGGAUGUAAAUAUAAUUGUGAUUGUCGUGCUCCUUUCCAGCUGGAACCCCAUGAUCGCAGUAGUGUAGUGAUUGUUACUCUGAUUACACCUAUAGUAUUGGAGCAGAUAGGAGGGACAUCAUUUGACAUCUCUCCUAUUAAUUCCCUCUGGAAACAUUUCAAGUGUUCAUCCAAUCCCUUUUAAAAAGUUAUUAAAUCUCUCAACAGUACUUCCAGUCAGCACCCUCUAGCCUUGUCUAACUAUCAUUUCACAUAGUCUUAUACAGUCACGCAGGCCACACUGAUUAUCAAACACCCACUUCCGUUGAUCCCUCCUCAGCUCCACAGAACGGUUUUAAUCCCAGCCUCUGGCACUGUCUGUGGAAUUUGCACGUUCUCCCUGAGACUGCAUGGUUUUCCUCCCACUUGGAAUAUUGUAUCCUAAAGAAGGGUCUCGGUUUGAAACGUCGAACGUUUGUUCAUUUCCAUAGAUGCUGCCUGACCUGCUGAGUUCCUGCAGCAUCUUGUGUGCGUUGAUAUUGUGUUGCAGUUCUGGUCGCCUUGUUACAGGAGCGAUGUGGAAGAUUUGGAGAUGGUGCAGAGGAGAUUUACCAGAAUGCUGCCUGGAUUAGAGAGCAUGUUUUAUGAGAAGAGGUUGAGUUAGGUAGGGCUUUUCUUCUUGGAGUGAAGGAGGAUGAGAGGUGACUUGAUAGAGGCAGACAGGAUGAUAAGAGGCAGAGACGGAGUGGAUAACUAGAGACGCAAACAACAGGAAUUCUGCAGAUGCUGGAAAUUCAAGCAACACACAUCAAAGUUGCUGGUGAACGCAG